AAAUCUGAACGCAUCGGAACAAAUACAAAAACAGGACUACUCUGCCGACGGGAGUAACCUAAAAUCACCACAAACGAAGUAGUACAACAAAUUCCGCGAACAACGUAGGGAAGACAACCAUGAAACGUUUUUGAACCCGAAUAUUAUUAUAAUUGAAAGGGAAAAGGGAUGAUAUUCCUUUAUUUAUUUUUCAUUUUCGCGAAGCGUUAUCUUCUUCAAAGAGUUGCGCAGCUUUUAAGCUUCCGAACGAGCAGGUCGAGAAAUUUUCAAGAAUCUUACUGAAAAAGUUUCAGCUUCUGUAACUCUUUGUGGCUCCUGGGGGUCUCUGGUCUCGCAUUCAUGGCUCAGACCAAUUGGGAAGCGGACAAAAUGUUGGACGUGUACAUAUACGAUUAUUUAGUGAAACGGAAAUUGCACGCAUCUGCGAAGGCAUUUCAAGCUGAAGGGAAAGUAUCUACAGACCCUGUCGCCAUUGAUGCUCCAGGUGGUUUUCUUUUUGAAUGGUGGUCUGUGUUUUGGGAUAUAUUUAUUGCUAGGACAAAUGAGAAACACUCGGAGCCAGCUGCAUCUUAUAUCGAGACCCAGCUAAUGAAAGCACGAGAACUGCAGCAGCAGCAGAAACCUCAGCAGCUGCAGCAGCAGCAGCAGCAACAGCAGCAGAUGCAGCAACUCUUGUUACAAAGGCAUGUUCAGCAGCAGCAGCAACAACAACAGCAGCAGCAACAGCAGCGAAGGGAUGGGACUCAGCUUCCAAAUGGCACUGCCAAUGGACUGUCUGGUAAUGAUCCUCUUUUGAGGCAGAACCCUGGAACUGCAAAUGUCUUGGCUACAAAGAUGUAUGAAGAAAGAUUAAAGCUUCCGGUUCAGAGGGAUCCUUUGGAGGAUGCGGCUAUGAAGCAAAGAUUCAGUGACAAUAUGGGCCAGCUUCUGGAUCCAAAUCAGGCCUCAAUGUUGAAAUCAGCUGCAAUAGGUGGCCAGCCUCCAGGGCCAGCACUGCAUGGUGCACCAGGAGGUAUCUCAGGGAACCUUCAACAAGUUCAAAAUCGGAGUCAGCAACUUCCGAUGUCAACACAGGAUAUGAAGAGUGAGAUGAAUCCAAUGAUGAAUCCUAGAGCAACUGGUCCAGAAGGAUCCUUGAUUGGAGUUCAUGGACCAAAUCAGGGUGGUAACAACUUGACUUUAAAAGGAUGGCCUCUGACAGGACUGGACCAACUUCGACCUGGGUUUUUCCAACAGCAAAAGUCGUUGAUGCAGUCAUCUCAGCCCUUGCAUCAAAUUCAAUUGCAGCAACAACUUCUGCUUCAGGCACAGCACAAUUCAAUGUCUCCUGCUAAUGAUUUGGAUUGCAGAAAACUAACAAUGCUUUUUAAUAACCAAAAUGUGGGACUUGGUAAGGAUGGCUCGUUAACUUCAGUUGGUGAUGUAAUUUCAAAUGUUGGAUCGCCGAUGCAAGUCGGAAGACCAGUUCUGCCUCGUGGAGAUGCAGAUAUGCUAAUGAAGCAACAACUGCAGAACAACAAUCAACAGCAGCAACAGUACCCACUUUCAAGUCAACAGUCUCACAAUUCAAACCACAGUUUCCAGCAGCAAGAUAAAAUGGUUGGUGCAGGCAGCAUCACGGUGGAUGCUAACAUGUCAAACACUUUUGGAGGAACUGAUCAGGCUUCAAAAAAUCAAAUUGGACGAAAGAGAAAGCAGCCAGCAUCAUCUUCAGGUCCUGCCAAUAGCUCGGGAACUGCAAACACUGCUGGACCAUCCCCAAGUUCAGCACCCUCAACACCUUCUGCUCACACACCAGGAGAUGUUAUCUCAAUGCCUUUGCCACAUAAUGGGAGUUCUUCUAAAUCUUUGCUUAUGUUUGGUUCUGAUGGUAUGGGCACACUCACAUCAGCCUCAAAUCAAUUGGCUGAUAUGGAUCGUUUUGUUGAUGAUGGUUCUCUGGAUGAUAACGUUGAGUCAUUCUUAGCCCAUGAUGAUGGAGAUCCUAGAGAUGCAGUUGCUCAACGUGUGGACAUCAGUAAAGGUUUCGCUUUUACGGAAGUUGCACAUUUUUGUGCAAGUACAAGUAAAGUUGAGUGCUGUCACUUCUCAUCAGAUGGAAAGCUGCUUGCCACGGGUGGUAAUGAUAAAAAGGCUGUGUUGUGGUGCACAGAUUCUCAAACUAAGAAGUCUACACUUGAAGAACAUUCUUUGGGGAUUACUGAUGUCCGUUUCAGUCCAAGCAUCCCACGUCUUGCUACAUCUUCACAUGACAGGACUGUCAGGGUUUGGGAUGCUGAUAAUCCAGGCUAUUCACUUCGAACAUUUAUGGGACAUUCCACCUCUGUUAUGUCACUGGACUUCCACCCCAAUAAAGAGGACCUUAUCUGCUCUUGUGACAGUAAUGGUGAGAUACGAUACUGGAGUAUCAACAAUGGUAGUUGUCCCAGAGUGUCCAAGGGUGGCAUGACAAAUGUGAGAUUUCAACCUCGUCUUGGAAGGUAUCUUGCAGCUGCUGCUGAGAGUGCUGUAUCCAUAUUUGAUGUAGAGAGCCAAGCUUGUCGACAUUCAUUGCAGGGUCAUAAAAAUGUUAAGUCUCUGUGCUGGGAUCCUUCUGGCGAAUAUCUGGCGUGUGCGAGUGAUGACUUAGUUAGAGUUUGGAAAAUUGGCUCUAGUGGUGAAGGAGAAUGCAUUCACGAGAUGAGCGGUGUUGGAAAAAAACAUUAUUGCUGUGUUUUCCAUCCCAGUUACACUUCUGUGCUGGUCAUUGGCUGCUACCAGUCUUUGGAGCUUUGGGACAUUACCGAGAAAAGGCCUUUGCUGAUUCAAACUGCUCACGACGGUCAAAUUGCUGGCUUGGCAGUAUCAAGUAUUACUGGUUUGGUAGCUUCAGUUGGUCACGACAAAUUGGUCAAGCUCUGGAAGUGACUGUUUCUUUUGUUACCUUUUACAUCAUGCAAGCUGUGAAACUUAUUUUCUGUGUUAGAAUUGGCAAGAUUUCAACGUAAGCUUCUGCGGUGGUCGUUUUUGUUGGUUCAUUAACUGUUAGACCCUGCAGGUGCUUUGGCAAUUGUGUCAAAUACAUGCAAGUCAUACAAGAAGAAUUAGAACGUUCAUUCUGCUGGAUGAACUUUUGGACAAGCCUUAAAAAUUAUAUUCUUAGAUCUGUUUUUGCAGGACUAGAUCAAUACUGAAUUUUAUUAGCUUUUCUUCC